CCCCAGCCGGAGGGACGCUCAUCUUCCAAAUCUCACCACUGAACGUGUGAGGUGUCACGUCUCAAAAUAGCUUGACAGAGACUAUAAGGAGCUGCAGAGACGCCCGGCCCACAGGAACAGCAUCACUGACCCACAGGAGACACUGGACAGCACAGAGCCACGCAGACGAGAUCCCACCGGUCCUACACAACAGGAGAACAGCCAACCUGAGGCUUGGAAGAGGGUUAGGUCGCCUGCCUGAGCAGAAUGAAGUUCUACCCGUGCCCUGUGUCCCAGACCAUGGGAAUCGAGGCUUACACCCAAGACUGCGGCAUCCCAGUCAAGAGCUCUGCCUCCCUGAAGUCAAUACGCAGCGUGCACUUCCCCAACGACAUCGUCUUCAGGGACUACGUGCAACACGGCGAGCUGGAGAGGAUCGGACGCUUUAUCCAAGCCAAGCAAGUCGCCCUGGACACCAUCUACCAGUCCGGCAUGGCUGCCAUCCAUGAGGCCGUGCUGUCUGGGAACCUUGAGUGCGUGAAGCUGCUGGUCCAGCAUGGAGCCGACAUCCAGCAGAGGGACGAGGAGGGCUGGACCCCGCUGCACAUGGCCUGCAGCGACAGCUUCCCACACAUCGCACGCUACCUCCUCUCGCUGGGCGCUGACCCUGAGCUUGAGAACGACUGCGGCGAGAAGCCAGCCGACCUCAUUGACCAGGAGAGCAGGGAGCUGCUGGAGAUCUUCGGGCGAACGGACGAUGACUGAGACUGUUUUUUUUUUUUUUUUGCUGGUUUUACCUGAAACCCAACCUGAAAGCUGCUGGCCCGUCCUGUGACAGAUGAGCCACAUCAGCGCGGCAUCCUGAGGUCAGCGCCCGUGGAUGUGGUGGGAGGACGCCUGAGCCCCCUGGCUGGCUCCUGAGGGGAGGGACGAUUCGUUGUUAGAGGCUUGUCUGGUGCAGCAGUGCAGUGUUAGCUACUCUGUAAAGCCUGUUUUAUACUGCAGUGACGGGAGUCAAAGGACUGUGAGCUGUAGCUUGUGUUUGGCCUGUCCAGGGCCUCUGACUCAUUAGGGUUUGCUCCUCCAUGUGCUUCCACAUUAACAAAACCAACGCCUUGUUUGUAGAUUUGUUUCUAUUUGUUCAGAAGUCAUGUUCAUAACUUUAUACUGUAUUUUUAGAUAUCAGAACUUUUUUUAUUUUUUUGAUAAAAUAAAUUGAUCAGACACUA